AUGAAGUUUGGACACCCAAUCCGAAGCUUCAGCGCUGAGAAAUUCGAAGGGAACUCGACGGAACUGAGAGCAUGGGGUAGGCAUGUUCCACCGCUCGAAUCAGGCAGCGAGACAGCGAGGACGCUGUUAGCAGUGCGUCCAGAGAAGACGGACGAUCUCACCCCCUCGCGGGGCGAAGAUCCAUACCGUCUUGUCGAGCGGGAACUCUGCGAUGUCAAGACACUGAGUCCGUCGAGAGUGGUUCGUCGAGAAGACAGACGAUCUCACCCCGCUCGCGGGGCUAAGAUCCGUCCCAUCUUCGUCGACUCUGAUUGUCGGGGGUAUGAAGUGGUGGACACGGCAUGGGGAUGUCAACAGUGCCGGAGAGUUGGACAGCGCGAGGGCCCCGCUCGGGGAGCGAAGAUCCAUACCGACUCUGUCGAGCGGCGACCUGGGCGGAGCAUAAAGGGCGUCCAGGCAGCAAGGGCAUGCGCCGCAAAGACGGACGAUCUCAGCCCGCUCGCGGGGCCAAGUUCCAUACCGUCUUGGUCAAGCGGGGGCUUCAGGGGGGGGUCCAGGCAGCAAGGACGUCACCAGCGGUGCGCCGAGAACACGCUGGUAGACAAUCUCACCCCGCUCGCGGGGCGAAGAUUCGUUGUGAGUUUGUCGGCCCGGGCCCCACUAUCGGCAAGACGGAGCACAGGGCGUGAUGGGCGCAGUCGAGAGAGCGGGGAAGUCGAAGCUAGCAGAGAGCGGGCGAUGCAGCAGUUUGUAGGGCACCAAUACGUCCGCAGCGCGAGUCUCCUCAACAGGCACAGGCAGGAUGACGGCACCGCCCGCGGGGAGGCGAUCUUGGAUAUGGAGGAAGACCGCGAGCGCGAGUGGCUCGCUCGCGUGACGGAGAACGGUCCCAUCUUUGUCGACCGGGACUCUAGAGGCCGACGAGAGGCGGCGGCAACAGCAGGACAUGCUAAGAGGGGUACGCAGAGCGAGAGGGAGCACCCAACAUCGCAAGUGGCUACGUCCAGGACACCUGACAUCGAGUGCCGAGGGAGACAUUUCAUGGACAGGGAGCGGGAGGGCCAGGAUCCGUCCCGUCACUGUCAACCGGGACUUGAGAGGUUGUCGAGGGAGGCGGUGAAGGCGUCGAGAGAGCCCUGGGGUGAACGAGAGCGGCAGGAUGCCACUCGCCAGAUGAAGGUGGUCAGUCGAAGCGGUGCCGCAGUCAUUGCCGUAGCUGCAAUGAAUCAUCGCUUGCCGGACGGCGAUGAGAGGGCGGGCGUGCACGUCGCUCAUGGGAGCAGCGAUAGAGUCAACGCGGGAGAUGAUUGUGAGGGAGAGAAGAGGGGGAAGAAGAUGAGCACGAGUCAGCAAACAGGCGGCAGAGACGGCGUGAGGACGCUACUCACCGGACGUCAAUUCAUCCCAUUUUUGUUGACCGGAGGUGUCAAUGGUCUGGCGAAGGGGUCGAAGUAUCGAGGAAUUGCCCCGCAUAACGUCCCCAGCUCUGCAUCAGUUAAAAUCACUUCACAAAGUGGAAGGAACUCACGAAAGUACCAAGAAGAAUGGGUCCUGCGGAACUUUGCCCGUAAACGUGUUCAACACGCAGGCAUCGUCAGUGAGAUUGCGCAAGCAAUAGUAACUGAUGCAGUGAGCGGGGAUGGCGCAGACGGGAGCACCAAGAUAUCGCUCGCGGGAUGCUCGUCGAGCGCGACAACAUAUAGCAAGGUCAAUGACGCCGGAGACGCCGGGGCAGAACUAGACAUGAGGCCAACCGACUGGCUCGGAUAUCAACGAAUGACCGCAGAGAUGAUCCAGCAUAGACUGGAUGGGCGGAUGAAGGCUGAUGAUGUCGGCAAACGGAGGUCAGCGCGUGAUCACCAGCUGGUAGUGAGACAGAAACAUACCUACAUCCCACGACUGUCUUCUGAGCAAAUACCGGGAGAUCGACGCAAACACAGAGAUGCAGACGGACCGCCGGACCCAGGAAUCCACAUGAUCACAAGCAGCACGGGAGAGGGGGAGAUUUGUGAACCUUUGCACUGGAAGGCUCACGGCUGGGGGAAAGGACUAGGGUAUCUUGGCAGAACCGGAUUGAAAGGCCAUACCUUUGCAAGCUACAAGCAGAAUGGAAUCAGUGACCGUGCUAUUCUGAGUCCGUCAGCGCAAACAGAAGUACAGUCGGCUACGGAAGCUUGUCAGCGUCGCAGGCAGACGAAAGAUGCUGAACGCAACGUACUGAAUAUCUCAACCACGUGGGAUGCACUGCCACUUAUCUCCCUCGUCCAAUGGCGAUCGCAAUCACCCGUAUCUCUCGCUGCCCUGCUCAGAGCCCUCGCAAACGCUCCCGCUUGUUGCCUGCAAAAUCGGUGCAUUAGCGCCAUGGAGACGAUAGACCAAGGAUCAGGAGGUCUUCCGGCGACAAUGCAUAGACGUGCCCAGGCAGGACUUGCGAGAGAGGCGACGGUAUAUACACCAUUCACUGAGGCAUUGAAGCAGUCUGAGGUCAGGCGAAGCUGUCUGUUGCCCAAAAGAAGCUUGACCCAGACCCCGGAGAAGGGAUCAACUUCUCCGAGCUCAGGGCAAGCUCUGACGGCAUAUACAUUGAUGGGGGAGAGAUCUGUACCAGGCUCCAACUCCGGAGUGCUGCGUCUAAGCGGCUGUGAGCAGAUAGGAGUUGUCCGACUUUGUCCAAUGGUCGAAUUCGGACCGCCCUCAGUGCUCGCAAAAUGA